AUGGCGCGCAUGCCUCGUGUUCUCAGAGCUUUGCUCUUUUCUUACGUUGCUUUGCAGAGCGUUUGCAAUGCAGAGCUGCAGGAUGAGUUGAAAGCAGCCAUGGAGCGUGUGGCCGACCAAAUGCGGGACAAAUAUGACAUGGGCUUGGCGGCGGCAUUUUACUCGCCCAAGCUGAACUUCACAGUGGCCUCCGGCUACACAGAUGCAGGCUUGGGCAUGGGAAACAAGACCCGGCUUGCUCAAGUUGAUGACCUCUAUGUCUGGGGCUCAACCACAAAGAUGAUCACAGCCCCGGCUGUGCUGCAGCUCGUGGAGCAGGGGAAGGUGAACCUCACUGACCCGAUUGCCUUGCACAUUGAUCCCAUUUUGAUAGCUCUGAACGGCACUCGUUUAGAGGAUCACUUUGGCUCUCCAAUCCAUGGUGUUCAAAUCCAACAUCUGCUUCACAUGACGAGUGGCAUCCAGGAUUACGAUGGCGAGGCCUUCUCUCGCGCCCAGUUUGCCAAUCGUUCCAAGGCUUUUGGACCCAUUGAGAUCAUCGGGAAGUUCGUAAGUCCAACUCUUCAAUCGGUCCCAGGGCAGCAGCAGAUGUAUUGCAGCACCAACUACAUCCUUCUAGGAUUGGUCUUGGCCACUCAUUACCAUCAGCCCGACUCUUCCUGGGCAUGGCAAAACUACGACCAAGCUUCCGUGGUUCCGAAGGCUUUGCAGAAGGUCUUUAAGAACUCCAAGUUUGUGAUGUCGGGCCCCUGCAGCCAAUACACGCCAGUCCACGGCUUCAUGGAGUUUUAUCCAUCCGCCCAGUUGCCUAAGCAAGACGUAUGGGACGUGAGCUGUUUAGGUGGUUGGACUGCAGGGAACUAUGUAGGCUCUGUCGCAGAUGUGGCUCGAUUCACCUACGAGCUUUACAACAAGAAGAAAUCGAGCAUCCUUUCCUCGGCCUCCCAAGCGCUCCUUACCAACUUUAGCGCUCCUCACAUGGGUCCUUUCCCCAUGAAGUUCUAUGGAAUGGGGACUUUUAACCUCGCUUGGAGCGUGGGCACUUCCGAUGCUUAUGGACAUGUCGGAGACACCUAUGGCUAUCAAUCGCAAACAACCUAUAUUCCCGAAGAUGACUUUGUGAUCACCGUGGCCACCAAUGUGGAGACUACCAAACAAGCGCAGCCUGCUGAUUUCACGUGCUUGGCCUAUCAUGAGCUCAAGGCCGUUUUGACUGGACGCCCAAAGCCUCAUUGCGCCAUGGUCAUACCUCAGCGGUUUAUUGGAAAGUGCGUGUGCAUGCCAGAGAUAGUUGCUAUUGCCGUGCCAGCUCAGGGCCAGGUGGACACCUUCAAGCCCUUUGAGCUUUCCACCAUCCUGUGGUGCCAUGCUCAAAAUCGAUACUUUGAGACCGCGGACUGCGGAGGCGCUCAACCACUUUUCAAAGCGGCAGCUGGCACUGUUCCAAGACUGCUGGAGGACUUUACGCUGAGAUGUCUCGUGACCAUUGCCUGGUCAUUUGCAGCUUACAGGCACAAGGAAGAGCACCUUUUCCAAGCAAUCGGCGAUCACUUGAUCUCACAGGUCCACACGGCGAACUGCGGUGAGCUGGCCAACAUUGCUUGGGCCUAUGGACUUCUGCAGAUACACCAUGAGAGGUUAUUCCAAGAAGUCGCACGCCGGGCAAAUGUUCGAUUGCAGGAUUUCAAGCAACAGGAGAUUGCCAGCAUCAUUUGGGGUUUUGCUGCCAGUGACAUUCUUCCGGCUGCGUUCUUUAGCAAUGCAGCGCUUGCUGCCCAGCGACUGGCCUUGACGCCACAGCAGACCACCAACAUUUUGUGGGCUCUCACACGCAGAAGAUGCAAACAGAGUUCUGUGGCCACAACAGUGCUAGCUUUGCUGCCGCCUGCCACCAAGCAGAUCGAAAGGUUCAAUAUGCCCGAGAUUGCCAUUUGUUCGAUGGCUGCAGCCAAGACUCUGCUUUUCGUUGGCAUGGACAGCCCCUCUCCAGAGCUCCCAACAAUCAAUCAGACCGAGUCCGCACCAGAGAGUGCAACGGAGGAGGCCUCAGCAAAUGUGGAGUCCUUAAACAGCUCGACCGCAGCAGACAAAGCGAACGUAAAGACGACAACUUUGUUGCAAGCUUUGGGCGACCAGAGCAAUCGGGAUGUGGCAAAGCAGUUUGCUGGCUUCUCUUCCGCUCUCGCGCUCCUGCCGGUCAUAGGCCUUUUCUUGACGGAGUACCUUCUACGAGGCUUUGUGUCAGAUUCCAACUCCAGGUGGAUGUACAGUGCAUUUGCUGCAGUGAUUCUGGUGAACGUGGUCCUGGUGGCAUUUGUAGUGCACUGCUUUGCAGAAGGUUUUCCAGAUCAAAAGAUGUCCGAAGUAGACACAAAGGCUGAGAAAGAAAUUGGAGGUGCUUGCACAGAGAGAAAGAUAGAAGAAGAGGAGCCGAAGAAAGACAAGGUCUUCUCGGUGGACCUCGGGACACUUCAGCCUCCUGCAUUGCUGGAAGGUGCCUGCCAAGGCAUGUUCCGAGCCUUAUUUGCAGAGGCUGCCCGGCGCAUGGACUCCUUCAAGCCCAGGGAGAUGCAAAGCCUCUCCGUCCUGUGUGCACAGCCGUUGGGCCUCGAGAAUGCAGGCGAUAUGAGCGCUGGAGAUUUGCGGAGUUGCUGCUUUGCUCUGGCCACGACUGGAAGCCCAGCACACCAGCCCCUGAGCCUGUUGGAUGAGCUCCUGGAGGAGGACCAAGAUCUCUUCUGGGAUCCUGAUCCUGUUGAGGCCGCGAACCAAUAA